GAGGUUGGGUGGUUGGGGAGACCGGCUUGGAGCCAUAUCCAAGUGGGAUCAAGAGGUACGAAAGUCACCUCGCCAUGCGCAUCAUCCUUGAUGCGAUGCAAGAACUUCGGAAGCUGCCACCGUGUCCGCACUGCUUCGUACAGGAGCUUUCCGAGGUCGACUGA